AACUAGACACGUGAACCACUCUUCCAAAUAAUGUACCUCACAGCUACUUUAAUCACUCUCUUGAUUGCUUUGUCUUCGGCGUUUCCCGGUAGGCCUCAUCAUCAUCAGAGCACUCACACCAGGAGAACACAGCAAAAUACACCGGGGACAAUCCCAACUGUCCUGACAAAUAUUGGUUUAACAACAUUGGUCGAUUCGGUAGUAAAAGCUGGUUUAGCAGAGACUCUUUCUGGGCCGGGACCAUUCACAGUGUUUGCUCCGACUAAUGAAGCUUUUAGCAGUGUGGACCCAACGACUCUCAAUACAAUUUUGAAAGAUGUUAAUCUCCUUCAGAAAGUUCUUACAUAUCACGUUGUAGCCUCGUUGAUACCAUCUUCAGGCUUGACUAAUGAGGCAAUUGCUCGUUCCGUAUCCGGUGAAAAUCUUCGCAUCAACGUUUACAAAUCCGUCCAACCAGAGGCGAUCACGGUUAAUGGAGCGCUAAAGAUCAAAACUUUCGAAGCCAGCAAUGGAAUUAUCCAUGUUAUCGAUAAAGUUUUAGUACCAGAACCGGAAAGUAAUAUCAUACAGGUUUUGGAGAAGAAAGACAAAUUUUCGACACUUCUAACUGCUUUGAACAUUGCUGGAUUAACUCCAACAGCUAAAAGCGACGGCCCGUUCACACUGUUCGCUCCAACUGACGCCGCUUUUAGCUCCCUACCAGCUGGAGCUCUUGAUUCUCUGAUCAAAAACCCAGAAGAAUUAAAGAAAAUUUUGCUAACUCAUCUGGUUGCCGGAACGGUCUUUAGUCGGGGACUUUCUUCUGGUUCAAUCCCAGUCGUUUCUGGUGCUAAUGUUAAAGCUGUCUUGGGUUUAAAUCGGGUGACCAUUGAUAAUGCUCAAGUCAUUGAACCCGACCUUUUCGCUUGGAAUGGAGUCAUUCACGUAAUAGACUCCGUGAUCCUUCAACCUCCAACGCCAGAAGUCCGUGAUAUUUCCAUGAUUUUGAAUAAGGAGAGCGGUUUGACAACCUUAGCCAGUUUAGUUGCCAAAGCAGGUCUAGCCGAUGCACUUUCCGGACCAGGACCAUUCACUCUCUUCGCUCCAACAAAUGACGCUUUUGCUGCUAUCGAUUCAGCUACUCUUAAUACCCUGUUGCAAGACGUCAACCUUUUGAAAGGUGUUUUGACUUAUCACGUCGUUACAUCCACUUUAGCCCCCGCUUCCAUAGAAAACGAACUUGUCAUCAAAUCAUUGGCCGGUGAAAGUCUUCGCUUAAACCUGUACAAAAAAGGAAAGGUGGUAACUAUCAACGGGGCGUUAAGUCUUAAUGUUUUGGAAGCUUCAAAUGGCAUCAUUUACGUAAUCGACAAGGUCCUCGUGCCAGACAAUGAUAAAAGUAUCGUCAAAGUGCUGGAAAGCAAAGGGAAAUUCACGACAUUGAUAACUGCGCUCGGUGUUGCUGGAUUGAAAAAUCAUCUCGACACUGCUGGCCCUUUCACGUUAUUCGCACCAACCGAUGAUGCUUUUAAAGCCCUUCCCUCCGGUGCGUUGGACUCAUUAAUUAAUAAGCCGGAAGAAUUGAAGAAGGUUCUGCUUGAUCACGUCGUUCCCAACACGCUAUACAGCCGAGGACUUUUAAGUGGCCAGCUCAAUCUUGCACGCGGCGGAGUUGUUGCGGUAACUGUGAACGAAAAUGGAGUCAAAAUUUCAAACAGCGACGUAAUUGAAGCAGAUGUUGUUGCUGCAAAUGGUGUAAUUCACGUCAUUAAUAAUUUGAUUUGAAUUCCUUACUUUUACUGAAUCAAUCGUAAUGUGAAGAAAUGUCUACCAUUUUCACAAUUUCAAAUACAUGCAUACUCUUUCAGCAAUUUCAUAUUUGGUUUUUAAAAGGUGAAUACCUUCGAUUUAAUUACACGCGGUUACAUGCGAUUACAUAGUGAAA